GACUAUGGGGAGUGUGGGGUGGGGUGGGGCGUGGCAAGUGGCUGCUUAACGGGCACAGGGGCUUCUUUGGGACGCACUGAAAAUGUUUUGGAACUAGGUGGCUGCGAUGGCUACCCAACACUGUGAACGCAUUUAAUGCCACUGAGUCGUACCCACCCUCCUCCCACCCCUCCAUCUUUCGCACGAUGUCCCCGCCCAGUAGAAAGCGAGAGUUCCCCCAAGGAGAGGGUCCAGGGACCAGGGUACGCCGCGUCCUCUCAGGGCUGCCACAGUCGGUCCAGGCCUGCUUCCGGUGGCCCACGUGGAAGGCAAUGACGUCAGCCAAAGCGUGCCGACGUAAGUGCACGCAGCUUGCUCCCCGACCAAUGAGGGCCCAGCCCGCCGUUGCGCGGAGACAGAGUAAGGGCCAGUAACCGCUUCUGAGAGCCGUCGAGUCUAGCUAGGCUGAACUGAGGUAGAAGCUGCAGGCCGCGUCCAGCAUGCCGGGCAACAAGAGCCGUCGAGGGCGGUCCCGUCAUCGUCGGAGUCACCACCGCGGGCGCUCAGCCAGAGCCGAGCUGACGUUCUCAGUGAGCCAGAUGGAGCGCCUUCUGCGGAAGGGCCACUAUUCCCAGCGGCUGAGCGCCUCUGCUCCGGUUUUCAUCGCUGCCAUCAUCCAGUACCUGACAGCCAAGGUCCUGGAGCUGGCGGGCAACGAGGCCCAGAACUACGGCCGGAGGCGCAUCACCCCGGAGCUGGUGGACAUGGCGGUCCACAACAACGCGCUGCUUGGUGGCUUCUUCGGGAGCACCACCAUCUCUCAGGUCGCCCCGGGGCAGUAGUAGCUGCCGGCCUUGGCUCCUGAGCCUCGUCAGGCCUUGCUUCCGCCAGGCUGCCCAUCCGUCCGCCAAGCUGCCCAGCUGCCAUCCGUCCUCCCAGCUGACCGUCCGUCCUUCCAGCAGCCGUCCAUCCGCCCAGCUGCCGUCCAGACUCUGCCCGUCCGUCCAACCCGCUGCCCGUCCGUCCGCCCUCCCGGCACCAACGUCGCCCCCUCUCUGCCCACCCUCAGCGAGUUUCAUUAAAUGUUUGCAGAACCUCACGCGUGUGCUGGAGUUUGCGCUGCACAGGGUUACGGGGCUGCCAUAGCCGCAGGGAGGGGCGGGUGGCCGGGGCACGGUGGGACUCGGCUGUGGCGCCUAGGAGCAGUGUCCCCCAUUGGCAGUGCAAGGUGGCCCUGGGGGAGGGGCUGAGUAGGGUGAGGGGACCGCGGACUCCGCUGUCACCGUCACCGCUGAGCAGGUCGGGGCCUGCCUGGCCAAGGCGCCAGAAUGCUGCGGUGAUGGGACGGACCUGGAAAGGCUGCCAGGACAGGGGUGGACAGGUGGACGGAGCGGUCGGCGUGCGCUCCG